AUAUCUUAUACAUAAAAUAUAAAUUGAAAGACACGUGAAAGUGUUAAAACAAAUAAAAAAAAAAGAGAAUAUCACAAUCAGGAUAAAAAGCAUAAAAUUGUUGUGCAGACUAUCCAUACAAUCAAAUUGUAUUAAUAUCCCGGAAAAGGACGCUUAUUAACUAAAUCGUCUUUUGCGUAAAGCCAAUGAAUUGAAACAAUAUGACGGGUGGCAACAAUGCCACAAACUCGGAAAACUCCCCGGUUAAAAUCAAGCCGUUUCUUUUUAUAAUCCUAAACUUUAAUAUAUGUUUUAACCAUAUCAGUGCAUCUUCAUUUCUAAACCUAAACGAUCUAACUAGUUCUGAACGACCGUUCUUCGAUGAUAUAAGUCCAAGAAAUGUGACCGCUGUUGUCGACGAAGUUGCUAUUCUAAGAUGUCGUGUUAAAAAUAAAGGAAAUCGCACCGUAUCAUGGAUGCGGAAACGCGACCUUCACAUUCUUACAACGAACAUUUAUACCUAUACCGGCGAUCAACGAUUUUCUGUAAUUCACCCACCGAGCAGUGAAGAUUGGGACUUGAAGAUUGAUUAUGCCCAACCUCGUGAUAGUGGCGUCUAUGAGUGUCAAGUUAAUACCGAUCCAAAAAUAAAUCUAGCGAUUGUUUUGGAAAUAACAGCUGAUAAUGACUUUCGCGACUUAAAACCGGAGAAUAGGUUUUACGAUUCAAAAGCGGCUCGAGCGAAAAUUCUUGGAUCCACGGAAAUUCAUGUGAAGCGGGAUAGCACCAUAGCACUGGCUUGCUCCGUGAAUACCCAUGCGUCCUCAGUGAUUUGGUAUCAUGGCUCUUCAAUUAUUGACUUUGACUCACUCCGAGGCGGAAUAAGUUUGGAAACGGAAAAAACUGAUAUAGGAACCACCAGUCGACUGAUGCUGACGCGAGCGUCAUUGCGUGAUUCUGGAAACUAUACUUGCGUUCCAAAUGGAGCAGUGCCAGCCUCCGUAAGGGUUCAUGUAUUAACCGGUGAGCAGCCGGCAGCAAUGCAGACUAGUGCUGCCAUUGGAAUUAGGGCUUACACUGCAAUGAUAACUAUCAUAUCAGUCAAAAUGUUGUUGUAUAUUUUAAGCCUUAAAGAGCAAAUGUACCGAGUAGAAAGAUGACUAACAAAAAACAACGUAAUUAAUUUUAAGAUCACAGCGUGUUCCAGAGGACCUAUUGUAAAUGAAUGCGCUCAAUUUAACACAGAAAUACAAAAAUUAAUGUAAUUCCUAUAGUCAUAUAAUUUAAACUAAUAUAAUAAAUAUGCAAGUACUAUAUACAAAAUUUAAAAA